UCGUAGACUUUUCAAAUAACUCGCGGAGAAACCUAGCCCACCCUCUCUGGACUGGAGCAAAGAGGGAAAAUGAUGGCUCUGAAGCUCAGCCCCAUCGCCUUCCACUUCCGGUCUCAGAAGCUUCCUUCUUUUGCCCUUCCACAAAUGGCCAGCCUCGCAUCUCCCAAGUUUGUUAUGCCUUCCACCCUCUCUGCCUCCAAGGCAUGCCCAAAAAUGUUAUUUGCUGUUUGUGCUUUGUCAUCAGAAAUUGCUGGAAUCUCAACUUCUGAAUUUGAAGAUUUUUCAGUUACUACAAGUGGUACCGGCAAGACCAAUGAACUAAAGGUAAGCAUAGAGGUAUCUGGUGCCAAAACUCGAGUGAUUUUUGAUGAUGUGUUCAGCAAAAUGGUUGCUGAUGCUCAGCCAAUUCCAGGCUUUCGAAGAGUAAAAGGAGGCAAAACACCCAAUGUAAGUUCUUUUAACUCUAAUUUUCACUAGCAUUCAAUUCAUUGAGCUCUUAUACUAUUUUGUGUAAGUUGAAAAUGGCUAGUAAUCUACUGCAUUUCUGUGGAUGACAUGAUAUCCACUUUAUAGUGAAAGAAAGUUGGGCAAGUCAUACAAUGGUGGUGCAUGUUGUAUCAUGCUUGUGUGAAAAAGGUAUUUGGAAAAUCAUAUGGAUCCUAGGAGUAUUUAUGCCUCACUAGUAGUGCCAAUAUCUCAAGUUUGAUUUUGUUGAAAAUAAUCCUAGAAUAAAAAGAUAAAGCCGGACAAAGGGAAAAGGAAUUCAAAGAUGCAACGAAGAUAAGAAGAUAGAGUAGAAGAUAUAUCUGAAAAUAAAGGAGUUUGAAUUACUCCAAAUCUGUUAUUGUAUUUUAAUUUUAAAUGUCCUAAUCUUUAGCUAAGAGAUAAGAAGUAUAGCUGUAUUUAAAGUAGUCUUGUAUCCUAGAAGAGGUAGAAU